UUCAUAUACGCUACGCUGCUACGUCACAACUUCUUGAACAUGAUCAGGAGGCUCGAAGCCGCGUUCCUCGGCCGCGAGGAUGAUCACAUCAGCAGCGAGCGAGCGACGACGGAGCGACGCCAGGAUCAGCGCGCCAAGCGGGAGAUGGAACUGCGGCGGCUGCUCCACCAGGUGCGCUGCUGGCUGCGGGUCAUGUUUGUGCUCGCCAACAACCUCUACUGCAUCCCCACCUACCUGGCCUGGAUGUGGGUGGCCUUCUAUCCGCUGCGCGUGCUCUUGCCCCCUCUGUACUGGGCCAUCGAGCGCCAGCUCUUUCGCCUCCUCCUCCUCAUGGUCUCCUUCUGGAGUUGGAGUGCCGAGUACUAUGUGGACGAAGUCGGUGAGGACGUGAGCGAGUGCUACAGUGACCGGACGCUGGUCCUAGUCAACCACCAGUCCACGGCUGACGUGCCAUUGCUCAUGGCCUCCUUCCAGGGGAAGCGCUCGGUCACUGAGCACCUCAUGUGGAUCAUGGACCGCCUGUUCAAGUACACAAACUUUGGCGCAGUCUCCAUGACCCACGGUGACUUCUUCAUUACCCAGGGCAAGGACACCCGCAACACCCAGUUGCAGCGGCUCAGGGACCACAUUGCGGAGGUGUACCUCCGCCGCGGGCUCAAGUGGAUUGUCCUCUUCCCCGAGGGUGGCUUCCUGCACAAGCGGCGGGCCACGAGCCAGCGGUAUGCCAGGGCCAAUGGCUACCCCAUCCUGGAGCACGUGACGCUGCCGCGUGUGGGUGCUAUGAAGACCGUCCUCGAGACACUCUCGUCCGAGAAUCUUGAGAAAGACUAACAAGGGUGAGGGAGAAAGACCGAGCCAAUCAAGUGGGUGGUGGACAUCACCAUUGGCUACCCAGACAUGGGCAAGCCCCUGGACCUGUUUGUCAUUUCGGGUGGUUUCCGCAAGCAGUGCGUCGUCCACAUGCACUAUCGGCGUUUCCCCAUCUCAGAGGUGCCCGUCCACGAUUCGGAGGCCCUCACGAAAUGGCUGUACGACCGGUGGGCGGAGAAGGAAGACCUCUUGGACAUCUUCUACCGAACGGGACGCUUCCCGGGACGUCUCCACCGAGGCAAAGGGGAGGAGGAGGACAUCGGCAAGGACCACCCCGCACCUCUCCGCGAGGCGCCCCUGCGCGUCGACUUCAACAUCGUCUGGAUCGUGCUCGUGCACGCCUUCUUCAUCAUGUCGACGUUGUUCCACGUGGCCCUGUUCCGCUGGCUCGCCUCGCUCGUGCCGUUCUGGUGACAGUUUCUUCUCGCUGCGGAACGGAGAGUGUUGAAGCUACUGUGGUGCGGAUUUCUGCGUGAUGGUUGCACUGCGUGACAAGGGGGGGUGGGGGUUUCAAGGGGCGCUCUCAAAAGUGGCAACGCCAUCCCGCUUGGGUUCUUAAAAGCGUGUGUCCCCACCUCUCGUGAAGGCUCGAUUCCUACGGGCGCGGCGGAGCAGUGUUUGAGGCUGGUUGUGAGGGAAGAAUUUCUUCUUCUUGGGGGAAGGGGUGGAGCUCCUUUGCUGUUGAAGGCUCUUGGAAGAAAAGCACGGUUGCAAGUUCAAAUGUACCGUGCAGUGUUCGA